UAUACUCACGUGACAAGAGCAUUCGGCGCAUCCAAUAUGGCGGCCACGAUCAAGGAAACGGAAGAGGAAAAUGCACGAAAAAAGAUCCCUAAACCAGUAUUAGUUAACAAACUCGAAGGAUGCAGCGACAUAGUGAAUAUGGCAGUUGCUAUACCACACGAGGAUGCCAUUAUAAGCGUAUCUGAAGAUUGUAGUGUGAGGUUGUGGAUCAGGCGAGAAAGCGGUCAAUAUUGGCCAAGCGUCUGCCAUAUGAUGGCCGAUGCCUGCUCUAGUGUGGAUUAUCAUGGAACCAGCAGAAGACUGUUUGUCGGCUUAGCAACUGGAACUAUCACAGAAUUUGAAGUAUCUGAAGACCUCAAUCGAUUGCAGCACAAAAGAAAUUAUUUAGCUCACAUGAACAGGGUGACUGCUAAUUGUUUCUCACUGGAAUAUGAGUGGUUAUUGAGUAUUAGCCGGGAUAAAUACUUCCAGUGGCACGACUCAACAAGUGGCAAACGACUCGGUGGAUACCAGGCAGAGGCCUGGUGUACGUCAAUGCAGUUUGACCCUGAAUCGAAACAUGUGUUUGUUGGUGACUAUGCUGGUCACAUUAGUGUAAUAAAGCUUGAUAAUAACUCUCUGUCCCUGGUGACGACGCUCAAGGGACAUACAGGUAGUAUUGGUGGGCUUGCCUGGGAUGCUGAGAAGAGAUUACUUUUCUCUGGCAGCUUUGACCAGUCCAUAAUAAUCUGGGACAUCGGAGGACAACAAGGAACAGCCUUUGAACUUCAGGGACAUAUAUCCAAAGUCCAAGCCCUCUGCUUUGCCGCCCACUCCAAGAAGCUGAUUUCAUGUGGUGAAGAUGGGGCCAUUAUGGUUUGGGAUAUGAGGAUUAAAAGAAAAGAGACUCCCGAGUGGUCUCAGUGUGAUGUCUGUGAGCGUUGUGGUGGUCCAUUCUUUUGGAACUUUAAGGACAUGUGGAGCAAGAAGACUGUCGGUGUCAGACAGCACCACUGUAGAAAAUGUGGUCGAGCAGUAUGCCAAAGCUGCAGCGAGAAACAAUCCACACUUCCUAUAAUGGGGUUUGAAUACUCCAUACGAAUCUGCAAUGAGUGUUAUGGCACUAUCACAGAUGAGGAUCGUAUUCCUCUUGCUUCUUAUCAUGAUGGCAAACACCCAAUCAAAUAUCUGCAUGUUGAUCUUACAAAGGCUAGGAUGUUAACAUGUGGUGGCGAUCGAAUUAUCAAGCUCUGGGAUAUCAAGGCGAUAUUACUCUCAUGAAGUCUCGAAAUAAUUCAUACACAGAUAAUGGACAAAUCAGUAAUGGACAAAUAAACAUUUUAACCCAUGGAUUUUUAUAUGGUUGAGAAUGAUUCUUCCAAAUGACGAGAUUCCCUCUUAUGAGGAGAAAAAGAAAAUUGAUAAAUACAGACUCCUUGCAUACCGUAAAACCACAAGUUAUUCAAGAUAUCCCUCUACAGUGAGGGCGCAACAACUAUAAACAGCAAACUUACUGCCAGUGAAGCCGCGACGACUACAGUUUUACUGUAGAAUCCGUUGCAUCGCGACCCGCGUUUUCAAAACACGAUUUGUUUUGGUUCCGUCAGUAAAACCAUUCUGAGCCAAUCAGAGUCUCGCUUUUUGCACUUGCCUGGCUAUCCUUUGGACGAAAACAAGACAGUGUCGCGACAGAAAGCCAGGCAGCUGCACUAGGCGCGAGAUGGCAAGAAUCUGAUUGGCUUAGAAUAAUUUGACUGGCGGAACAGAAAAUCCCAAAAAGAUGUUUUAUGUUUUCAUCGAUCACAAAUCGAUCUUUUAAAAAUGCGGCGUCGCGAUACAACGGAUUCGACAGUAACAAUAGCGAAUCUACACCGCCUCGUACCCAGGCGUCUCAAGUCACCAAAAGCAAAUUAAAAAUAUAGUAGGGAGCGCAAUGAGCCAUGGAAUGGUUUAGCGCUGGCGCAAAGCAACAAAAGACGCUAGUAAGCGCCUGGGUACGAGGCAGGAAUCUACAUACUGUAUGUUCCUUGGUAAUCUACCACAUGUUCGUUGUUUUCUGACCAGCUAUAAGGACAUACAGUCGUCUGUUUUAUACUCCAUUUGGAGAACUCGGUCUUGAUUGACAGCGUGAAUUUAGGAGCAUUGAUUCGAGCUGGCAGAAGUUCAAUACAAGUUCUACUUGUCUGUUACAGUAAAUGGCUUUUUCAUGCUGUCACGGGUAUCCCGAACUCCCUAUCUCCCCUUGUCUCACUAUCACAGGUAGCCCAAGCCUUGUCUCGCUGUCACAGAUAGCUCAAUACAAGUUCUAUUUGUCUGUUACAGUAAAUGGGCUUUUUCAUGCUUUCACGGGUACCCCGAACUCCCUAUCUCCCCUUGUAGCACUAUCACAGGUAGCCCAAGCCUUGUCUCGCUGUCACAGAUAGCUCAAAACAAGUUCUGCUUGUCUGUUACAGUAAAUGUAUGGAGCGAUAUUUAGGAAAUUGAGUUUGAAGGUUAAAUAAACUAGCAAAGAUCGUGAAA